AUGUCCAAAGUGAAGGUGCGUGAUUCUGCAUUAAACGCAAUCAAACGAUAUGUUGUAAUCAGCAAAAAUGAUGCGUUGGCAUUGGACAAAGAAGCAGUAGAAACGUAUCUUCAGCUUCUCGAGGAGCAGUGGGUCAGAUUCGCUGACGCUCAACAAGAAGUAGAGUUGUUGUGCGGCGAAGAAAGUGCGCCGGUUGAAGAGCAAUCACGCACGCAGGCAGAAGAGUGGUACAUCACAGCAAAGGCGAAUUUUAAACGCCUCAUCGGAAGCCCUGAGCAACCGCGCCCUUCCACAUCAACAAGUUUCACGUCCUCGCCAGUUCAACUGCCCAAGUUACAGCUGCCGACUUUCAGUGGAGACCCUACAAAUUGGUUAGCCUUUUUCGACGCGUUCCAGUCGCUCGUACACACGAACGCGAGUUUGUCUGCUAGUCAAAAAUUGCAUUAUUUGCGCAAUUGUCUUCAAGGUGAGGCGCUCCAACUUGUAAGCAGUCUACAGAUUUGUGAUGGCAACUACAAUGCUGCGUGGGAUCUACUCACCACGCGUUACAAGGUUUUGCGUGUCAUGGUUGAUGGUCACUUCAAAGCAAUUUUUGCAAUUGAAAAGGCAUCUCGAGAUACUGGUAAGGCCAUUAAGCAAGUUUUAAACGCUACCAUGCAACACGUUGGCUCGCUACGUGCUUUAGGUCGGCCUGUGGAGUUUUGGGACGAUUGGCUUGUCCACCUUACCGUUUCGAAGUUGGCUUACGAAACCCGGAAACAAUGGGAGCUGUCAUUGGUGAGGGAUGUUUUACCUACUUUUGAAGAGUUGGUCGAGUUUUUGGAAACACGUGCGCGUUCGCUAGAGAUGGUAUCGACGAGUGGUGCGCUGUCAACCUCAGCGCAAGGAGCGCGCCAGCUCAGCAAAACUGCGGCGAAGACUACAACAAACGUGCUCCAUGCGAUUGGUGAGCAACACACCUCCUCAUCCAACCUGGUUGAUGCAGGAGCCAGUUCACCCUCAUGUUUCCAUUGCAACGCCAAACACAAAAUUUACGCCUGCCCAACUUUCCGUAAAUUAAAUGCUGCUGCCCGGUUUGCAUUGGUCAAGAAACAUAAUGUUUGUCUCAACUGUCUGAGCAAAGGCCACUUUCAAGCAAAAUGUCGCAGUUUAUCAACUUGUAACAUAUGCCGUCGUCGUCAUCAUACAUUACUACACGGCUGCCGCGAAGAUGACACGACCAGCGAUGAGCUGAAUGUACACGCUUCUCCGUUUGUAAAGCAGCAAGGCAAUCUACUUGUGCAACAAUCGACUACGUCAUCUACAAUCGAUGACUCUACUACGGCGCGUAUACAUAAUGCUAGCUCGGAUGUACCGCAUUCUGGUUGCGUAGCAUCUCACGUCGCUGAAGCUGACAAGGCAAUUUUAUUGGCAACCGCAGAAAUAUAUUUGCAAGAUCAUGCAGGUCGAUGGCAACCUGCUCGGGUGUUGUUUGACAACGGCUCACAUGCAUCCUUCGUGACAGAGGCCUGUAUUCAACGCCUCCGUCUACAAAGGAAACCUUCGGCAGCUCAUGUCACAGGUAUUGGUUCAACAGAUGGCGGUAAAGUUAAGGGUGAGACUAUUCUUUCACUUGCGCCCCGAUCUCUUGACCAGCAUUUCACAAUCAACUCGCUUAUUUUAUCGAAGAUUACAAACGAUCUUCCCAGCGUUUGUGUACAGAUGUCGUCUUGGCCGCACUUACGAAAUCUCGCUCUUGCUGAUCAGCAUUACGCCAAACCUGGUCCUAUUGAUGUGUUAAUAGGGAUGGAUGAGAUGGAUAAAUUCCUGUUAACCGGUCUCUGCAAAGGGCCACCUGACACACCCAUGGCGCAAAACACAGUUUUCGGUUGGGUACUUUUCGGAAAGGCCAUGCGUUCAUCCAGCCCAAGUGCGGGAGUUUUAUCCCUGCACUGUGAUGAGCAACUCAUCCGAAUGGUGAGUAAGUUUUGGGAGCUCGAAGAGUUUCCCCCCAAGCGAUACUUAACUGUCGAAGAGGAGGCUUGUGAAGGGCAUUUUCGCAAGCAUUGUCGCCGCGCUGAAGACGGUCGUUACAUCGUACGCCUACCGUUAAAGGAAUCCGUGCCUUUAGGUGAGUCGAGAAACAUAUCCGUAAGAAGUCUGCUAAGAAUGGAAAAACGUUUCGCUGUUGAUGAGGAGCUACGCCGUCAAUACGCAGAAUUUAUGCAGGAGCUUUUAAAUAUGGGCCACAUGGAGCUCGUAGGCAACGCUCAACCGCAUAAAAGUUACUACAUGCCACACCACGCUGUAGUAAAGAACACCAGCUCCACCACUAAACUGAGAGUGGUGUUCUACGCCUCAUGUAAAACCACAUCCGGUUUCUCGCUCAACGAUGCACUAAUGAUAGGCCCGCAAUUACAAGAGGAUCUGUUUUCUAUAAUGGUGCGGUUCCGGACUCAUCGUUACGCAAUAAUGGCCGAUGUCGAAAAAAUGUAUCGACAGGUAUACGUGGCAGAACAAGAUGUGGACUACCAACGCAUAGUUUGGCGUGACGACCCAACCGAACCUAUCCGGGACUAUCGCAUGCUUCGUGUAACCUACGGCGUCGCCGCAGCUUCCCACUUGGCCGUACGAUCUCUGCACCAAUCCGCUUUGGAUGCCAUCGAAACGCACAAAGAAGCAACUGUUGUCAUCAUGCGCGACUUCUACAUGGAUGAUCUUCUCACAGGCUCAUUUUCUGUCGACAACCUCAUGAAGCUACGAAAUGACGUUACCAUAGUUCUGUCUAACGCUGGCUUCGAAUUACGGAAGUGGGCUACAAAUUGCGACGAGCUUAGGGAGAAAAUACCGCAUGCGUCAAAGCAAAUUUCACAUCUGUUAGCUGACGGCGAUGAAGUACGCACCCUAGGAAUCAUUUGGAACACAAGCGACGAUUGUUUAUCGAUUGCAGUGAAUUUGACCCCACUGCCUGCAAUUCUCACGAAAAGAGUUUUUCUCUCAGAUUCGAGUAAAGUUUUCGACCCACUCGGGCUAAUCGCGCCGUGCACUAUACUCUCGAAAAUUUGGCUCCAGCGAAUCUGGCGAGCGGACGUUGAUUGGGAUGAACCGGUGCCCGCCGAUGUCGCUGAAGGGUGGCUCUCUCACCGUCAGCAACUACCUAAACUCACGGCUCUUAAGCUAAAUCGUUGGAUUGGUACCAGUGAAAUCGUCGAGCAUGCUGAAUACCACGUUUUCACGGAUGCAUCUCAACGUGCCUACGCUGCGGUACUCUACUGCCGCACGCAACUACCCGAUGGAACUUUUAAGCGCAUUUAG